UGCGUCAACACGCCCCCACAUCGUGCUCUCUGUUCUCUCUCUACCAAGCUCAGCAGUCAAGAGGGUGCGCGCAUUGAGUAUGUCCCUGCGGCAUCUAUUGAAUCCCCAGCAAGAAUUCUCGAGUCCGUCCAGGACCCAUACUCCGCUCGAUGGGUCUCAGUCGGACAGUCCAUCGUCGGCGAGCGAUACAGAACUCGAGGAAAUAGCGGAGGAUGUACAGAAGGCCGUGAUCUCGCACGAACAUAAACCACAUCCGGAUUGCCCUAGCAGCCUCUCAUGUCUCCCCGACACGAGCGACAGGCCACAACACACCUUGCCAAUCAUCCUGAGAUGCGCCAUUAUGGGUAGUCCGAAGCAGCGUUUAACCAUCAGAGAGAUAUACGCGGCGAUGGAAGACAAGUAUCCAUAUUACCGCACCGCGGGGACCACUUGGAAGCAAUCUGUGCGCCAUCAUUUGUCGCUCAGUCGCCUCUUCGAGAGAACACCCAGACCUCCCACCGAGCCCGGCUUCGGCUCGCACUGGACGGUGAAUUUGGCUGCACCCCCUGGGACGAAGCGGCCUCGAAAGCGGGGCAAGCGCAAAAGCCUUCCAGACACCCCGCCUGAAACUAUCACGAUAUUACCUCGCAUACGCGGCAAUCUACUUCCCGCGGACGAGGAACAUCCGUACGGAUCGCCGCUUUCGCCUAACAUGCACUCUCCGCCUCCCCACCGGCCCAACAAGCGCUUGGAAGACCUUCCGCUCUCCGACGAGGAGCACGAACUCGAAUCGCAUCUGUCCUGUCGCCGCGACCGUGGGCGUUCGACGCAACCAAAGAGUCGUGAUACACCAGCAAAGUCAGGCUCACAACCGAAAUCGUUCCUGAAUCGUCCAGCACGGUCCGCGACAACCCCGCCGACGCGCGUACAAGCGACCGACGAUAACAUAGCGGUGGACUACCAUGAAUACCGUCAAAUCGAAAGAUUCGACCAGGACAUGGAAGGACGAUCUCCGUAUGCAAGGGACAGUAGCUCGUCAGCCGCGUCCAGGAUGGCGGACGAACUCGCGCGCGCGCAAUCCGAGGCUUACAGAGCGCUUGCCGAGUUGAAAAGGGCUUAUGAGCUACUGGAGGACGAGACGAGGAGGCGAAGAGUGGCAGAAAGGGUGGCCGAAGAAGAGGCGAGAGCACGCAAAGCCGCUGAGGAGGCGCUCAGGCUUCUGCGCGCAUGACAGGGACCCGAUGCAAUACUAUGCACGCAUCAGAACGGGAGCAGAUAUCGGAACAAUUUCUACAUUGCUGGAUUGAACCAGGCCGCGAGUGUCCAUGGGGGAUCGUAGAUCAUAGACGGGACUUUCUGUAAGCGCUUUCAUGGUAGGAGUCGAGCGAAUGUCUG